UUUAUUAUAAGUAUGGCUAGCACAUUAAGAAGAUCUGCCUACCAUACAGCAAGGAGAUUGAGCAUUCCAGCUUUAAAGCUUGCUAUUCGUAACAAUAGCACUUUGGAGAAGAAUAUUUUAACGUCAGUUUUCAAAGACAUUCCUAAAGUGAAUUAUACCGUCCCCGAGUUUAUUUGGCAGAACUUGGACAGAUGGCCAGAUAAGACUGCAACUGUGUGCGCAGUGACAGGCCAUGGCUACACGUACGCGCAAACACACAGGAUGUCCGUCGCUUUCGCGGCCUCGCUCCGAACCAAGUUGAAGUUGAAGAAUGAUGACAAAGUGGCGAUAAUCCUGCCCAACCUCCCCGAGUAUCCCUGCGCGCUGCUCGGAACGUUAGAAGCAGGCUGCAUAGCCAGUCUCAUGAAUCCUGCCUACACUGCCCACGAGCUGCAACACCUGCUAGCCAAAACCGACUGCCAAGCGAUAAUCGCCUCUAAAUUCUCCUACGCCAGUAUUAAAGAGGCCCUAAAUGCCCUGAAGAAAGACAUUCCUAUAAUCCUAGUCGACAACGAAAACCUGCCAGAGGGCACGAUAAAAUUCGCCGAAUUCGCUGAAGAUUUUAACCUAUGUACUGACUGUUUGAAGUCGGUGAAGAGGGGGGCAGAUGAUGUGGCCAUUCUGCCGUUUUCUAGCGGGACUACUGGGUUUCCGAAGGGGGUGGUGUUGGACCAUAGGAGUGUGGUGGCCAUGAAUCAGCAGAUAGCUGAUCCGGAAAUUAUUGUUAUCAAGGAGACUUCUGACACCCACCAGGCCGUGCUGCCAGCAAUACUGCCCUUCUUCCACAUCUUCGGCUUCAACGCGCUCAUGGUGAACCAGAUGUACCUCGGCGUGAAGCUGGUCACCAUGCCGUAUUUCAAGCCGGAGCUGUUCCUGCAGACCCUCGUCAAGUACCAGGCUAAUGUGCUGUUCCUUGUGCCGCCCAUGGUGGUGUUCCUGGGCAAGCACCCGGCGGUGCGCGCGGCGCACCUGGCGAGCGUGUACGGCGUCAUCAGCGGCGCCGCGCCCGUCUCCGAGGCCGACGCCGCCGCCGUGCUGAACAAAAACCCAAAAAUAAACUUCCGCCAAGGCUACGGUCUUACAGAGACCAAUGGCGGCAUCUCUAUCGGCUUCAACACCGACGCCAACCACGCGUCGGUCGGGCACGUGUUCCCCAGCUCACAGGUCAAGAUCGCGGACAUUCAGACACAAGAGGCACUGCCUGCUGGAAAGGAAGGUGAAAUCUGGUACCGCGGCCCAAACCUGAUGCAGGGAUACUACAGAGACGAGGAAUCCACCAAGGAGGUGUUCCAAGACGGCUGGUACAAGACCGGCGACAUCGGGAAGUACGACGACAAGAAAUACCUAUACGUGACGGAUAGGAUGAAGGAGCUUAUUAAGGUAAAAGGUUUCCAAGUACCCCCCGCGGAACUUGAAGCCAUCAUCCGAACUUACCCCAAAAUCGCGGACUGCGCCGUCCUAGGCAUCCCCGAUCCGGUCACCGGCGAAGUUCCAAAAGCUUUCGUAGUGCCCCAACCGAACCAGACCAUCUUGCCUGAGGAACUGAAGGAAUUCGUUAACAGUAAGUUAGUGUCGUUCAAACAUAUUAAGGAGGUGCAGAGUAUUGAUGAGAUACCGAAGAAUCCGGCUGGUAAGAUCUUGAGGAAGGAUUUGAAGGCUAAGUACUGUUAAAGUAUUAAAAUAUUUGUUGGUGUAAGA